AUGGCGCUGCUCAAGGUCAAGUUUGACCAGAAGAAGCGGGUCAAGCUGGCCCAGGGGCUCUGGCUGAUGAACUGGCUGUCGGUGCUGGCCGGCAUCGUCCUCUUCGGCCUGGGGCUCUUCCUGAAGAUCGAGCUCCGCAAGCGGAGCGACGUGAUGAACAACUCGGAGAGCCACUUCGUGCCCAACUCGCUGAUCGGGGUCGGGGUGCUGGCCUGCGUCCUCAACGCCCUGGCCGGGAAGAUCUGCUACGACUCCCUGGACCCCGCCAAGUACGCCAGGUGGAAGCCCUGGCUGAGGCCCUACCUGGCCGUGUGCGUCCUCUUCGACGUCGUCCUCUUCCUCGUGGCCCUCUGCUGCUUCCUGCUGCGGGGCUCCCUGGAGGGCACGCUGGCUUCCGGGCUCAAGAACGGCCUGAAGUUCUACCGGGACACGGACACCCCCGGCCGGUGCUUCAUGAAGAAGACCAUCGACAUGCUGCAGAUCGAGUUCCAGUGCUGCGGCAACAACGGCUUCCGGGACUGGUUCGAGAUCCAGUGGAUCAGCAAUCGCUACCUGGACUUCUCCUCCAAGGAGGUCAAAGACCGCAUCAAGAGCAAUGUGGACGGGCGGUACCUGGUGGACGGCGUCCCUUUCAGCUGCUGUAACCCCAGCUCGCCACGGCCCUGCAUCCAGUACCAGCUCACCAACAACUCGGCGCACUACAGCUACGACCACCAGACGGAGGAGCUCAACCUGUGGCUGCGGGGCUGCAGGCACGCCCUCCUCGCCUACUACAGCAGCCUCAUGAACACCAUGGGGGUCGUCACGCUCCUCGUCUGGCUCUUUGAGGUAAGCAUCACCGCUGGACUCCGCUACCUACACACAGCCCUGGAAAGUAUGUCCAACCCCGAGGACCCUGAGUGUGACAGUGAGGGCUGGCUUCUGGAGAAAAGUGUGUCGGAGACCUGGAAGGCCUUCCUGGAGAAUUUUAAGAAGCUGGGCAAGAGCAAUCAGGUGGAGGCUGAAGGCGCAGACGCAGGCCAGGCCCCGGAGGCUGGCUGAUGGUCUGGGGGCCUCUCCCCUCCUCAACACUUAGUGGACUCCAGGAAAUGUGGAUAUCCCCUUGCCCGGCUGAAAGUCCAAAUUUCCCAAGAAAGCUGGUUACCUCCUGGCUCUCCUUGACGUGGGCCUUAAAGUUCAGGGUCCUUAGGGCACGCGACAGACAUUUGUGUAAAAUGGCUGCCUCCAAACAUGAGUGAAUGAACCCUCCCGGUGGAUGUCCAGUCUCACAGGGCUGGCCAGUUCAGGACUCUGUCCAAGUGUGAGUCCAGCUCUCAGUAGGUGACUGGCCACACCAAGGGCCUCUCGUCCCUCAGUAGUGUCUGCCUACUUAUAAGCUCCAAGUUCUGUAUUCAAAUCAUCACUUGAUACAUAAACACAAAGGUGAAAAAAAAAAAAAAACCCUCGAAGGGCCACGUUGUCUUUUCCUUAACGACAGGGUUAAGAGGCUAGUCAUCAUUUGCUUAAUGUUAGACAGUGGGGGAGGGACAAUUAUAUUUUUAUAAGAGUAAUGGGCUUCCCCGAGGGGUAGGAAUUGCCUCCACAUAGGAAUUCAUAGAUGCUGUGAGAGGUGAAAACUUUCUUUUAGCAACAAUGCAUCGAGAGGCCUGAUCUGCCCCGUUCCCACAGCCUCAGUCGCUCAUUCCAGCUCCAGCCACGGGACUCCGGCAUGUCCCGGCAUCCCCUCCACUCACGACGUGCGGCUGAGCCGCUGCCCGUGGCUUGUCUGAGAAGUCCCCAGGUGGGCCUGCUGUCCUUCUGUGGGAGAGGAGUGAGGAUCAAACAAGGGUCUACCACUUGGGGACCAGGCCUUGCCUCCUGGUGGGCUUGGGGACAGGGGCUCAGAUGGCCACGACAGUCCCUGUGGGCUGCACUGUUGAGAGGAGGGCAAGGGCCUCUGGAAGCCUCCGUUUCCCCUUCCACAAAGCACUAUGGGAACGCUUCUACAUCAAGGAAGGUGUGGGAGACAGGCUAUCUUUCGGAGCUAGCAUGUGUGGGAAGUUGCUGUUUUGUCUGGGAAAGACGGGAACGCUUUCAGAGGAAGCCAAGCAUGAUUUUGGUGACACCCAGGCUAGGGUGCCCAAAUCACCUCAAGGCCCAGCUGCUGCUGGUGCGGGCUGUGUGGCUCUGAGGAGGAAAACUGGAUUAGAGAUGCUGGUACACCCAACAAACUCUGGCCCGAGGGUUGUUUGGUCUCCUGAGUCUCUCAGAGCAAGGAAAGGCCCGGAUGUUGAACCAGGCAUCUGUGGUGGGGACCCUGGGUGUCCUGCCAUCACCUCUCAGGAGGGCUGAGACCAUCGUGAAAGAUACUUUAGGCCCA